UUAGCUCGCUCAUUCAUAACUGCCACGCCAGUAGCAUCUAUCCAGACUUAAAUUUUGCGAAGUUUUCAAGGGCCUUCUGAAAUCUCUGUUUUCAAGGUCCGCAAGUAGCGAACCAUUCAUCACAUCCAUCCGCAAGUAGCGAACCAUAGCUUACCAUCUGUAUGAUUCAUCAACAGCUUAACAGCGACAUCAUGAGCCAAGAACCGCGUUUGGAGACUGCGGGUCAGACAGUAGCCGCCGGUGAUGUCAUCAUGGAGCGCGAUCCAUGGGUGUGGGCCUUUCACUGGGAUGGUUACCAGGAGUAUUGUGCCGGUUGUUUUUAUGCGGUUUCGUUGCGAACGUCUCAGUCGUUGCUCUGUCCAGGAUGUCAGGUCCAUCGGUACUGCAGCGUGAAAUGUCAGGAUACUGAUUGGAAAACGGAGCAUAAACAUGAGUGCACGCUGAUGAAGCGCCUGAAAGACUAUCGUCUGCAGUUAGAGCGCCAACGGGAACAGCAUUCUGCCAGUCAACCACAAGGAGAUAAGACGUUCUUGUUCUCCAUGUUCACCGUCAUGAACCUCAAAAUCCAGAACAAAAUUCAGAAAUCCGUUAGCGACCGGGUUCCCGGGCUGGACGGCACACGAUCCGCCAAAGAAAUCCUGCAGCUGUUUGACAGAGAACUAUCGGCGAAGGAAGCGCCGAAAUCCACGGAGCUCAUGCAGUCCGAGGUCUUCAAAGGCCUGAUCAGUGCGAUGUACCCAAAAGCCGCCGAUCGACCAGCUGCGAACGAUUCCAUCGACAUCCAGCUGCGCAUCCUGCAGCACGCUUACCCGUUACGCGACUACCUCAGCGGUGAUCGCACUCCGCAGCCCAUUGGCGCGGGACUGUUUGUGGGGGUGAAAAAGAGCGACACCACACCCCCUUGUCUGGAUUACAAUGCCCUGCCGACUUUCCAGGGAAAGACAUUGCGUUUGGUGGCUAUGGAUGACAUUGUGGGGUUCCGCGAACUGAACGAUACUCGUUGGUGCAAUCCCAUGGCGCUUGACUAUAUACUCCCCCUAAAACAGCGCCGCGAGUACUUUCUGCGCAUUCACGGAAGCCCUUGUCACUGCCGCAAAUGCACACCGGGAUACGAGGCGGAAAUCAACCCGUUGAAAUGUGUCACCAAAGACUGCCAGGAACGCAUUCCCAGUGACGAGCGCGCUCUGCUGCCGUGUGCACAGUGUGGCGCGGUCAAUGACAGCCGGCUGCGGGCGCUGCGUAGUUUUAUGGAGAAGUACGAAGAUGUCUUCCAAAUGUGUCUUACCGCCGAAUUCACGAGCGAUAACCGGCUGAACGAGGUGCUGCAGUUCCGCAAACUCGGGGUGCUCCAGGAGAUGGACGCCGGCGAGCUCUUACAUCCGGAAGCGCAUCUGCGUUUCAUCUGUGCCUGGGCGGUGACGGAUGUGUACGACAAGCAGAAACAGUUCGCCGAGAACUGGGCGCUGUAUCAGGACUGUAUGCGCUGUACACGGAUAAUUUUUCCCAAGUACCAUCUUACGCGAGCGCACUUUCUGGCUUUCGCUGGUGGAUUCGCCAUUACCUAUGCCGACAGCGUGACGAAGGAUCCCCGCCGAAAACCGGGGAGAAACGCCCGUAUUGUAGAGAUUAUCGGAGUGGGCAUCGAGUACCUGACGGAAGCAUCGGACAUCUAUACCAAGUUAUUCGGGACGGUGUGCGACUUCGUCUUCGACAUGCAGAUGAGAAUUCGUGAGGCCCAAGAUAUUCUCCGAGUAGCAAGACGUGGCUAACUGGAUAAUACUGUAAUGGACAGUGUUAGGCGGCCAGUUCAUGGUUUUAUUAACUAGCUGUUUGAAUAAUUGCAUUUUUUCAAAUCCUUAAUGCGUCGAUUUA